AUGUCCUUCUUCCGGGGGACUGCGGCCUCUAUUCUGGCACUCAGUGCCUUUGUUAGUGACAGUUUUGCAGCCCGGGUUGGGCGGCCUGCCAUCUGUCCAGACAGCUGUGAUAGCUACAAUCCAGUCGACUGGUUCGCGUUUCGUGAUCUCCAACAAGUCGCUCGAUGCAAUGAUACUAUGCUACUUGAUUUCAACAUUUUCAAUGAUCUUGAAGACCCCAUUUUGCAUUCAACCCUCUAUGUCUGCGCCUCCAGUGGUCUCGACAAAUUGCAAAAGUCAUCGACUGUCAAGAUUGCGUCUUCCUUCGAUUCAAUCAACAAGACUGUUACAUAUCAGAUCGGCGCUUCGGGCUCUAGCCCUUCUGCGUUGGGCGAUAGCAAUUAUCCUGAGCUUCUGGAUGCUUUGCAGUCCUAUUUGACUGGACAUCCAAAGAAUCCAGAGAUCUUUGGAUAUGCUCAUCAGGUGGCUGCUGGAGCUUACCUGGGUGGUAGCGUUCAACAGGUCUCGAAUGUCGAAUUCGCGAUUGAAAAAUUGAGAAACUUCCUUUCCGAGACCACCUACAGCACUGCUGUCAUUCAAUACUGCGGAUCCAAUUCCAACGAAAUAAUCGGCGUGGCAGUUGAUCUUAAUGGCGACAUUCCCACGGUUCAACAAUACGUGAAAAGUUGGAAUGCAGGAGAUUGUUCUUCUGGUUUUGAGCACACGACAACUGGCAGUGCCUCCCUAGCCUUCUAUGGUAGCCAAAACAAGUCAGAGGGAACUCAUUCACUACAUUCACGAGUCUCGCAUGGCCACCAUCGCUCUGUGCAUGGCCAUCACUUGUCCCACGCUCACCAACGCAGAGAUACAUGCUCAUACAGACAAGUGGUUUCCGGCGAUACUUGUGACGGGCUGAUCUCUGAUUGUGGAAUUACUUCCACGGAGUUCUACGAGUACAACACCGUGUCAAAUCUCUGUUCACCACUCGUUGUGGGUAUCUAUGUUUGCUGUUCUGCGGGAUCUUUGCCAGACUUCUCACCAUCUGCCUAUUCGAAUGGCACUUGUUACACGUACAGUGUACAAUCUGGCGACAGUUGUUCCUCUCUGGCUAGCUCAUAUAGUCUCACUGAAGCUGAAAUCGAAUCCUACAACAAUGAAACAUGGGCCUGGUAUGGAUGCAGCGAAUUGCAGGCUGGUCAGAACAUCUGUUUGUCCACAGGCAACCCUCCAUACCCUUUGCCAAUUGCCAAUGCAGAGUGCGGACCUCAGGUUGCGGGAACUGUUUUCAAUAGCACCGACUCUGGUGACUGGGAGGCCUACAACCCAUGUCCAUUGAAUGCCUGUUGCGAUGCCUUUGGCCAGUGCGGUAUUACACCAACUUACUGUAAUCGCACCUUUGCGGACAACAAAAACCCUGGAACCGCAGCGAAUGGAUCAUACGGAUGCCUUUCAAAUUGUGGAACAACAAUCACGAACUGGGCAGUUCCUCCUUCAAGCUUCUACAAGGUCGGCUACUACGAGCCCACUAGUAUGGAUCGAUCCUGUCUCCAGAUGAGUCCGCUUUCAAUUGACACAUCUGUGUUGACUCACGUCUAUUAUGCGUUUGGCAAUAUUUCUUCGGACUUCUCCAUCAAUGUGAAUGGAUAUGAAACAGAGUUCUCGGAGUUCGUAGAGCUGAAAGACGUCAAGCGUGUUAUGUCCUUCGGCGGCUGGGAUUUCUCUACCGGGGUGGAUACAUAUAUGAUCUUUCGCGAAGGAACUUCUGCAGCACACAGAUCCACCUUGGUAGAGAACAUAGUUAACUAUGUUUCUGAUACCGGUCUUGAUGGUAUCGACAUUGAUUGGGAGUAUCCAGGCGAGCCAGAUAUCGCAGGCAUCCCGGCUGGAAGCGAUGACGAAGGAGAUAACUACCUUGCUUUCCUCAAAGCGCUGAAGGCUGCCCUACCUGACGACAAAAUCGUUUCAAUCACAGCUCCGUCCUCGUACUGGUAUCUACAAGCCUUUCCAAUUUCCGAGAUGGCAGAUGUCGUGGACUUUAUCAACUACAUGACCUACGAUCUGCAUGGAACCUGGGAUGCGGAUAGUACCUGGGCGGACAAUGGCUGUACAGCCGGAGACUGUCUUUUCUCUCAUGUCAAUAUGACCGAAACCGAAUGGGCCCUGGCCAUGUUGACCAAGAGUGGAAUUGCCACUAACCAAAUUAUGGUCGGAGUGGCUAGCUAUGGUCGCUCUUUUGAGAUGUCGGAAGCAGGCUGCUAUGAUUCCAGUUGCACAUGGACUGCCGCAGGAUUGGCAGGAGAAUGUACCGAUACCGCCGGAUACAUCUCAAAUGCAGAGAUCAACAGAAUCCUUUUGACCAACGACAACUCUGAGGCUUACUCGGAUGGGAAUGUGACCGACUUUAUCGUCUACAAUGACACUCAAUGGGUCGGUUACAUGACUAAUGACACCAAGACCAAGCGCGCAACCUGGUACGAGGGCUACAACUUUGGUGGUACAGCCGAGUGGGCCGUUGACCUCGAGGAGUUUGUGGAUAACGACGAGAGCUCUUCGUCCGGUAGCUCAGGAAGUUCAGGCAGCUCAGAUACAGCAACACUCACGAUCGAUCCGGAAAUCUGGCAACUGCCAAGUCCCGCCGUGACCUGCGCACCGCCCUGUUUGAUGAUCAUGCCCCCCCCUACCUUUGACCUACAACACCACAAUUACUUUCCCCCCAUCGAGGACUCAUCUUACCUGGAGCUCUAUUGCGUCCUCUACCUCUACCAAUAG